AAAAAAAAAUCUGUCUCUUUGUUGCUAUCUCCUGUUUGCUCAGAUCAUCUUGCUCACUAUUGGACCGUCGAGCUCCCUCCCAUUUUCACACCAGCCACUCAGCUCGUUCAAGCUCUCUGCAUCUUUUUUUCUUACUCUCUCUCUCCUUCUCAGUCUCUUUCCGCUCCUGACAGUUCACACACACACACACAUGCAAUACAGCAGGAUCCCAAACCGCCUUCUCGUCAAUCCACUCCCUCUCUCACACACACACACACACGCACACUCUUCCUACCUAUCUCUGUGUGGGGUGUAUUUCUUUGGCUUUGGCAAUGCCAGGUUUAGCAAACGGACAUCACUCCUGUUGGAGGAGAACAAACUGAAACUUCAUCUUCAUCUCUAAAGGACACACUGUUGACUGCUGUCAUUCUCUGUGGCUUUAAAUGUCCACUGCUAUGGCCAAACGUGAGGCUGGGAGCGCCAGCCCUGUGGUGCGUCAGAUAGACAAGCAGUUCCUGGUUUGCAGCAUCUGUUUGGAUCACUACCACAGCCCCAAGGUCCUGCCCUGUCUGCACACUUUUUGUGAAAGCUGUCUCCAGAAUUAUAUUCCUCCAGAGUCCCUGACACUCUCGUGUCCUGUGUGUCGACAAACAUCCAUCCUGCCUGAGAAAGGAGUGGGAGCUCUACAGAACAACUUCUUCAUCACUAAUCUCAUGGAGGUCCUGCAGCGUGAGCCGGAGUGCUCACGGCCCGAGGCCUGCAGUGUGUUGGAGUCGGUCAGCGCUGCAGUAGCAGGGAAGCCUCUUUGCUGCCCAAACCAUGAAGGAAAGGUGAUGGAGUUCUACUGCGAGUCUUGUGAGACAGCCAUGUGUUUGGACUGCACAGAGGGCGAGCACCGGGAUCAUAUGACUGUUCCUCUGCGGGAUGUAGUGGAGCAGCACAAAGCUGUGCUAAAAACACAGCUUGAUGCCAUUCACAGCAGACUCCCCCAGCUGACAGCAGCUGUUGAGCUGGUGAGUGAGAUCUCACGGCAGCUAAAUGAAAGAAAAACUGAGGCAGUAGCAGAGAUCAACAGUACGUUUGAAGAGCUGGAGCGGGUGCUGCAUCACCGCAAGACAGCCCUCAUCACAGACUUGGAGAACAUCUGCAGCUCCAAGCAAAAGGUCCUCCAUGCCCAGCUUUCCUCUCUUCUCCAGGGGAAGGAACACAUCCAGAGCAGCUGCAGCUUCACAGAACAGGCUCUCAGUCAUGGGAAUGCAACUGAGGUGCUACUGGUUCAGAAGCAGAUGAGUGAGCGAGUCACAGCUCUGGCCAGACACGACUUUCCAGAGAAGCCACAGCAGAACGCACAUCUAGACUGUCAGGUAGAGACUGAAGGUUUGCGGCGCUCCAUCCAGAACCUGGGCGUUCUCCUUACAACAUCAGCCGUGGCACACACAUCUGUUGCCACAGGGGAGGGACUGAGACAUGCAGCUACUGGGCAGCACCAAACCAUUACCGUGACAACAAAAGACAAAGAUGGAGAGUUGGUGAGGACAGGAAAUGCUGUUUUAAAGGCUGAGAUAUUGUCGGCUGACAGUAACAGAGCUGCAGAAGUAGAAAUAGUGGACAACAAGAAUGGAACGUAUGAAGUGGGCUACACGUUGCGCUCCGAAGGAGAGUAUUCAUUCUGCCUGCUGCUGUAUGGUCAGCCCAUACGUGGCAGCCCAUUCCGUCUGCGGGUGGUCAAACCGUCAGACGUGCCCCAGUCUCCGGAUGAUGUGAAAAGGAGGGUGAAGUCCCCGAGCGGGACAGGGGGCCACAUCCGUCAGAAAGCGGUGCGACGGCCUUCCAGCAUGUACAGCACCACCAAAAAAAAGGAGAACCCCAUUGAGGAUGAGCUCAUCUACAGAGUUGGUUCCCGGGGAAGGGAAAAGGGCGAGUUCACAAAUCUACAAGGAAUCUCAGCCUCCAGCAACGGUAGAGUGGUGGUGGCUGACAGCAACAACCAGUGCAUACAGGUAUUUUCCAAUGAUGGGCAGUUUAAAAUGCGUUUUGGGGUCAGAGGUCGUUCUCCAGGACAGCUGCAGAGACCGACAGGAGUUACUGUAGACAUGAACGGAGACAUCGUAGUGGCUGAUUAUGACAACAGAUGGGUCAGCAUCUUCUCCUCAGAUGGCAAGUUCAAGAAUAAGAUUGGUGCAGGCCGUCUCAUGGGUCCCAAAGGAGUGGCCAUGGAUAAAAACGGACACAUCAUCACUGUGGAUAACAAAGCUUGCUGUGUCUUCAUCUUUCAGUCCAAUGGAAAGCUGGUGACUAAGUUUGGAGGCAGAGGGACGUCUGAUAGACAGUUUGCAGAAAAACUUGGCCCAAACUUUAAUAAAUCUGGCUCAGUUUUCAGUCCGCACUUUGUUGCAGUGAACAACAAGAAUGAAAUUAUAGUGACAGAUUUUCACAAUCACUCUGUUAAGGUAUACAGCGCUGAUGGGGAGUUUCUGUUUAAAUUUGGCUCUCAUGGAGAAGGCAAUGGCCAGUUCAACGCGCCCACUGGUGUGGCUGUAGAUGCUAAUGGAAACAUCAUUGUAGCCGACUGGGGUAACAGCAGAAUACAGGUUUUUGAUAGCACAGGGUCCUUCCUGUCCUACAUUAACACCUCAGCAGACCCGCUCUAUGGGCCCCAGGGCCUCGCUCUCACCUCAGAUGGACAUGUGGCAGUUGCCGACUCCGGGAAUCACUGCUUCAAAGUUUACAGAUAUCUGCAGUAGACAAAGGAAAGGCAUCAACCAAUCCUGCUUGAAUAAAUUAAUAUUUCACAUUACUAGUUGACAUUAAGUUGCAGUGUUCCUGCAGCCUGUUGGGGCAGAUUAAUUCCUUGUUCAUUUCUUUUCAGUGAAGGUUAAAGAAAUUGCAAAAAUAUUAAUAUUAGAAGAGAAGAAAUAAGUUCGAUUUCUGCCAGUAUAUCUACUUGGACUCAGCUUGCCAGACGUGACAUUUUGUGAUAAACCUAAUUUCUGAAUUAGAUUUAUGACUUUUCCAGCAACCAGCAAGGCAAACAAGCAUGUACUAUUUUCAACCAUAUUUUCAGAGGAAGGUAGGCCUAUAGUGCAGUACAGUUUGUAGUAAGGUCCUUUAAAAAUGUUACAAGCAGUUAAAAUCUUACCUGCUGUAGUUAACUUUCAUGUGUUCUUUUUGUAUUAGUCCCAGUGGCUGAGGCUAACAUUCAGUCUAAAGAGUCCAUAACCAAUGAGGACUGAAAACAACUCCAGUCUCAAAUGAGUUGAGGUUGAUGCUAAUGCUUAUUUAUGAAUCUUUCCUGUGUGAAAGGUCCAGCCUACAUAUAACAUGUGUUACCUGGGAACAUAUAAAGCAUGUUCGAUCAGAACACUUAGGGUGAGAGUAACGCAGAGUUCAAAGCAAAUAAAUUAUUUCAGUUUAAAAGUUUGCUUGCACCUUUUUUUUCCCUAUAACACAUAAACAACUGGCUAAAAGUAAAAUGAAAACACUGCUGUUAGCCAUAGCUGCAAGCGCUAAGUCUCAGUUAACAUGCUACUCCAAACAAUAAGCUAAUGUUGCCAUUUUAGCAACAGCCAGCAUAUGAACUGACAACUUGGUAUAGCAAAGUGUUAGCUAAAGUAAUCUGAAAUGGUGUUAAACCUUUUUAGUUGAUGCUAGUGUACUAACAUGCUAGAAUAUUACCCAACUUUAGCAUGCCCUUUACUUAUGUCCUGACAACAGCAUCAAUAUUCUCUAUUCUUUCAUGCCAAAUCUCCAUGACCUUGUGGUAUUGUGAAUUACUAUGCUUCUUAAUUUGGAGGCUUGCAACACUACCUCAAUACAGCAAUAUAAGGCAAAGGUUGUUCUAUCCAUAUCCUGUUUAACAAAUUUCAAAAUCAUAUUCAAUGGGCAAAUAUACAGAAAACAUUUAAAUGACUUAUUAGAAACUCUGGUUUCGCAUAUAUAUUUUGGCCUUUGUACAUUUGUAUCACAGGAAAAUGACUGGGGAACCACCUCCAUUGUUCGUUUCCUGUGUAAAUGAUUUUCAUCCUUUCAUUUCAAUAAAAUCCAAGAAUGCAAACGCAAUAAUGAUCUAAAACUUUACAAAGCAGUGCUUUUACAAAUCUGUAUGUCUUAGUUUCAACCUCUGUAAACAACAAAUCAACAAAAUGAAGAACAUAAGUGUUUUCUGUUGCAGGGAAGAUAUUUAUUGCUCGAAACUUUUUAACAGAACAUCAUUUCAAAAUCCCAAGAGGUGCCACUUUGUCACUGAGCACCAAAAACCCUGCUGUCCCUGCCUUUCAUUUUUUUAUAUAUCUGUAUACAAAAUGGAACAUUUUGGAAUGUGUAGGUCAAUUCAUCAUUCUGACAAGACCCACCAGUCAUUAGUUGACCUUUAUGCAAGUUAUAGUUUAUUCAAUGAAGCAUAACAUCCCAACCAGCUCCACUUCUAUAUGUAAUCUUGCUGUUGUAAUAACCAAAAUAGAUUUCUAAACAUUGACCCCAUAGCUUUUGCACUUUUGUGUUAAUAUAAAUAAUUUACUGUAAUUGUAAAUAUGCAUAUGUAAGUGUACAUAUGGCUUUAUUGUUCAUGUUAUAUUGCUACAGUAUAUAUCCUACUUAUUCCAGCAUUUAAACGGAACUGAGAUCAUGCCAAGCAGUAGCCACUCGAAUGACUGAAAUAUUAGAACAAAAUUGUAAACAUUUGCUGUAUUUUAUUUUUCCAGAUUAUUUAAUUUAUUUUUGAUUUUCUUUUCUUUAUGAUUUGAUGGACAAAUUAUUUUUCUAACUGUUGCGUUGGACACUUUACUCUCCGCCAAACAUUAUGUUAUGUGUUAUAAGUUGUAGCAUCUGAAAUCUGAUUUCUCCUCAAACUUCCUCAAAGAGCUUACAUUGUUUAACAUUGAUGUUACCCUCUGCCAAAAUGCGUUGUCGUAAUUUGCUUUUGAACAUUGCACAAAGUACAAAUAUUAUAAGAGUUCUAUCAUUUUACAAGAAUAAUACAUGCCUGUAUGUACAGUUCAUUUAUCAUGAUCCAAGGUGUAUUGUACAUUACAGUCAUUUUAUUGUUACUGAUAACCAGCACUUUAUCAUGGACAGUUUAGAGUAUUUGUUUUUACGUGUGGCUCCAAAAGGAACCUAUUUUUUAUGUGUCUUUAUAAAAACUGUUUAACUGUCUUUAUUCUUGUGUUUUUCAUUUGUUGGAAAACUGUGUACUGACAAAUUAUUUUUCUCUGUAAAUCACAGUUAUUGUUUUUCAUUUUCCAUGUCUUUAAUUGUCACUAACUAGUUUGAGUGAAAUAACUAAAGCACAUUUAAAUAAAACACUACAUCUACCAAAUAUGUGUACGGCUGUAUGCUAAGAUCAGACAGAUGGUAAUUACAAGAUGUAUGUAAUCCUGGAAAAUCGUUGCAAAAAUAAACCGGAAUAGUGAGAAA